AGAGAGAAAAAAAAACCCAUGGCGUCUGACGACCUCUUCGAAGGCUUGCCACCGCCAGCCACCGCCGCCGGCGAAGAUCGUGCGGCCUCCCCCACGCCGCCGCCUCCGCCUCCUCCAGCGCCCCCGGCCCCGAGGCGGUCCGCGCUGAAGAGCUCCCUCAAGCGCAGCAAACCCUCCUCGGAUGCUGCCUCCUCGUCCCAACCGGCCGCCCCCGCCCCCGCCACCGCCGAUGUUGCAGCCGAAGGACGCGUUCCCGAGAAGCGCCUUCGUUUCAGAACUCAUGUCGAUGCAUCAGAAAUGCAAAUCAUUGAAGCUAUGCAGAAGAUAACUUCACACAUAGGGAAUCCUUCGAAAUUCAGCAAGGCGUCGAAGCUAGCUCUACAGCUCAUUGAGGCUGGAAGUGUCAAGCCAGCGACAGUUGGGUACUUCUUUGCUGUAUUGGAGGCUGCAAUGUCUUCACUGGGAGCUUGUAAUGAACCUGCUGUACGUGCAGAUUACCAGGUGCUGUUUAAUGCUGCCCAGGGUGUAACAGAGUGUUUCAACCAACAGCAGAAAAAUCAGUUUGAUGUAUGGAUGCUUCAUGCGGUGGUGGCUAAUGACCUCAGUACCGAUGACAGUUUUGUGUUCUCAAAAGCUGUAGGGAAGAUCAAAGAUGCCAUCUCAGCCCUGCCAGUAGCAACAGCGGACGAUGACAAUGAUGAAGCAAGAGCACUUGCGGUAGCUGAAAGCCAAUCUGGCACCACCGAGAAUAAAGCAGAUGAUACAGUGCCAACUGCUGUUAUCAGCUCUCUGCCAGAUGAUAACAACACAGAUGCUGGAGCAUCCAACUCAGGAGAAGAAUUAUCUGAUCCAUUUGGUCUAGAUGAUCUCCUUGAGCACAAGUCGAAGAAAUCCGAGAGGGCUCGAGAGAAGGCGGUCGACGAACUGAACAGAAAAGCGGCCGAGGAGGAGUCCAAGAGAUAUCUGAGGUCACGGCGGGAGGCCCUCCUUAAAUGUCUAGAUAUUGCCGCUCGGCGGUACAGGACACCGUGGACGCAGACCACCGUCGACAUCCUGGGCAAGCAUGCCUACGACAACGUGGGCCGGUUCACGGGUCGACAGCGGGAGGCGGUGGAGAAGCUGUGGAACUCGAUCAAGGAGCAGCAGAUCCGGCGCAAGCAUGGCAAGUCGGCGAGCGGGAAGCUGGACGUGAACGCCUUCGAGCGCCUCCAGGAGAAGUACUCCCACGAGAAGAUCAGCAUCCGGCGUGCCGUUGGCGGUGCGGGAGACCGCCGCGCCACGCAGUGGCUCGGCUAAAGAAUUCCACGUGCCGCCGCCACCAAGUGCACCGAGUCAGUGCCGUCUGAUGAUCGCGGCGUUGCGCCGACCGAAAGAAGAACAACGAUUCCGCUGCUCCCCUGGUGUAGCCAUCUGAAGGCGGUGCAGUGUAAACCAGUGGGAUCUGAUUUUCCGCGACGAUGGGUGUUCACCUGAACUGUUGCGCACGGGUGGACUUGUGUGACUGAUGAAGAAGAUGCAACGCCGAGCGUGCGGUUUAUACUUUGAUAUUCGUUUUCAUUGAUAUGAGGUGUGUGAUCCCCA